ACCCUCGCCAGUGGAGCGAAAAUCACGUCGCCCAUUGGUUACAAUGGGCCGCCAAGGAAUUCUCCUUGGAUUGCAUCCCUUUGAAUCAGUUCCGCAUGAAAGGCAAAGACAUCUGCGCAAUGGGCAAGGACGCAUUCGCCGCACGAGCGCCCGCUUUCGUCGGCGACAUCUUGUGGGAGCAUCUGGAACUACUCCAAAAAGACGUAGAAAAGGAACGCGCCCUCAACAGCUUGUACGAACCAAUGUGCGUGCCCGAUAUGACGUACAUCGACUAUUCGCAAGCGCCAACGCCUAUGAUGCCGUCUCCGGGCGAAGAUAGAAAACCUCAAACCGUCAAUACUUCUCAGCCGCCUAGUAGUACAACGUCGCCUAGCAACAACAACUUCUUACACGAAGGAGUUUAUGGCCAAUUGAGGAGUCCCGCCUGUCCACCACCCCCCGAAGAUUUACGGGAAGACGGUUCGCCGCCUCCAGGUGCCCCACCUUCUAGUUACCUCCAACAGUUGCAACGGAGUCCCGCGUAUCACCAUCUCAAAGACGGUUAUAAAGGGACGUGUCCCCCCGGAAGCGAUUCGUCAGGGGGCAACUUCGGAGCGAUAGACAACAAUUUGCCGACCUUGAAUAACGACGACGGGUCGCACUUGUUCCAAAAUCCCCAUUUUUCUCCCGAAGAACACGAAUACCAGGCGCUGGACAACCACCAGCAGCAGUAUAUGGACAAUUCGCCGGAGUUUUACCCCAAUCACAUUUUAGAGCAGAAGUACAAUCCUCAUAGUUAUGUCAAAAAUUACGUUAGAAGCUCGGGCGGACGAUUCAACGACGUCUACUCGGACACGUACGGAGCCCCUUACGACGCUACCCCCUUCCAGACGGUGCCGAGCGGGGCGAACAGCGGGCCAGAACAAUGGGGCCACAACCACGAAUUGUCGCUGGGCCACCAUCCGCACACCCAUCCCGCCUUCCUGUCCGCUGGCAUGACGAGAGACCAACUCAACGCCAUGCAGGACACCAAGCCGAUGAUCCAGAACGGCAUGAUCACCGGCUAUCCCGGUAACCCCACUACAGGAGGUCCUUGCUUUACAGGGUCAGGUCCGAUCCAACUGUGGCAAUUCCUCCUGGAGCUCCUUACAGACAAAUCCUGUCAGGCGUUCAUCUCUUGGACGGGCGACGGCUGGGAGUUCAAACUGACCGAUCCGGACGAAGUUGCGAGGCGAUGGGGCAUCAGGAAGAACAAGCCCAAGAUGAAUUACGAAAAAUUGUCGCGCGGUCUUCGUUAUUACUACGAUAAAAAUAUUAUACAUAAGACUGCCGGCAAACGUUACGUUUACCGAUUCGUUUGUGAUCUUCAGACGCUGUUAGGGUACACACCCGAAGAACUUCACGCUAUGGUUGAUCUCAAACCAGAAAAGAAAGACGACGACUGA